UCAGAAAAUAACCGCGACUGAUCUCAUACGCUACAGUUCUUUCUUUCUUCCCCCACUUGUAAUUCCGGCGUUACCAACCCGCCCUACUACUACCCUAGCCGCAGCGGCGCCCUGCUCCGGCCAUCCGCCGCGGGCGGCCUCCCGCACCGGCGAUGCUCCACCUCCAGAAACAUCUUGGCAUCUCAUUCCGCCACCAAUGGCUCUUCUCCGUCACCCGAUUCGCCGCCACCGCGGCAUCCGCACCCUCGGCUGACCCCGCCCCGUUCGCCGUCGAGGGCUACCUCGUCGCCUCUUGCCAUCUCACCCGGGACAAGGCCCGUAAGGCUUCCAAGGCCAAGGCGCUCUCCCAUCUCAAGUCCCCUUCAAAUCCCGACACCGUGCUCGCCUUCCUCUCCGGCCUCGGCCUCUCGCCCCCCGACAUCGCCGCCGCCGUCGUCCGCGACCCGGCACUCCUCCUCUGCAAGGUAGACAAGACCCUCGCCCCGCGCCUCGCCGAGCUCCGCGAUUUCGGCCUCUCGCCCUCCCAGAUCGCUCAACUCGUCUUGCUAGCCCCUACACGCUUCCGCCAUCCCGACAUCGUCUCGAAGCUCCAGUACUACAUCCCCUUCUUCGGCUCCUUCCAUGACUUCAUUCGUGCGCUCAAGAAAAGCUCCUACCUCCUGGGCGUUGAUCUGGAGAGUGUGGUCAAGCCCAAUGUCUCGUGCCUGCGCGAGUGCUCGCUAAGUGCUCACGAGAUUUCCAAGAUGUGCAUCAUCCAGCCGAGGCUGCUCUACAGCAAACAGGAGAGUGUCCGGGCGAUGUUGGCGCGUGCUGAGGACAUCGGCAUACCUCGUGGCACCACAAUGUUCCGGCAUGCGUUGCAAUUUGUUGCGGGCCGCAGCAAGGAGACUAUCAGUUGCAAGAUGGAGCUAUUGAAGAAGACAUUCCGGUGGUCUGAUGCUGAAGUGGCUCGUGUAGUGUCCAGGAACCCGUCGGUGCUUACAAUCUCUGAAGAUAUAGCAUGGCGUGUCUCAGAGUUCCUGCACUCUGAGGUCGGAUUGGAUCCAGAGUACAUUGCUCGGAGACCAUCAUUAAUCAAGUAUAGUCUGGAGGGCCGCCUCAUGCCCCGCCACUAUGUUGUGAAGUUUCUUAAGGUAAAUGGAUUGUUGAGGCAUGACCGGGACUACUACACCGCACUCAAGUGGACUGAAAAGGUCUUCGUGGAGAAGUUCAUAAAUCCUUACAGGGAAGCUGCACCGCACCUCGCUGAAGAUUACGCUGAUGCAUGUAGAGGGAAAAUGCCCUCUAGAUUUAGAUUGCAGGAGCCAGGUGCUGGAUUAGCAAGUGUGUAACUGUGCACUGCAUGUCCCCGCUGCAAAAAUUGUCAGUUAGCUGUAAUAUGGUGAUCCUUUUUCAUUGUUCAUCACCUAACUAUGGUGAAGUGUUAGUUUCUAAUUGCUGGAUGCGUAUAAUUGGGUCAUAGGGUUCCACUUGAAAGGGUUUGUUGUCGGACUUAAGGCAUGUUCAGUUGUAGAGUGACUGAGUGAGGAAGAUGAGGUUCUGAAAGUUGUUUGAGUCCAUGAACUUUGGAACUCGCUCACUCUACAAAUUCUUGACUUCCAGAGGGCUAUCUAGCAGGUGGUCCAAAACAACUACAAUCUGCAGAUGUAUUGAAAAGAGGAGUGUACAGAAAAUGUUUCCUGUUCCCUUUAUAUUCAAAAUGGAUCAGGAAUCAUUGUGGUUUCGAUUGAUAAACUUAUUGAAGUGUGGCUUCCAAAAGAAAUUUGCUUAGCAGUUA